AACCUGACGCUGAAGCAGGUGCUCUUCCACGCCUGGAUGGAGGAGCACUGCCCCGGCGUCCGCUUCAUCUUCAAUGGGGACGACGAUGUCUUCGUCAACACGGACAACGUUGUCCGCUUUGCGAUGGCCACCCAGGGUGCCCAGGAGCAGCACCUCAUGGUGGGGCAGCUCUUCACCCGCAACAGCCCCAUCCGCUUCCAGCACAGUAAGUACUUCGUGCCCACGCAGCUCCUGGCUUCCAAGUGGUACCCGCCCUACUGCGGCGGCGGCGGGAUACUCAUGUCCGGCUUCACCGCCCACGUCAUCUCCCGGGAAUCGCGGGACAUCAAGAUCUUCCCCAUCGACGACGUCUACCUGGGCAUGUGCUUGGAGAAGGCAGGGCUCCGUCCCGCUUCCCACAACGGCAUCCGGACCAUGGGCGUGGGGGUGCCAGCCAACACCGACCCCUUCGAUCCCUGCUACUACCGGGAGCUGCUGCUGGUGCACCGCUUCGUGCCCUACGAGAUGGUGGUGAUGUGGCAG